AUGAGAGUACAUCUCUUUGGUGCAGUGUCUUCACCGGGGUGUGCGAAUUAUGGUCUUAAACGUAUAGCUAAAGAUAAUCAACAGUAUGGUAGUGAUGUAGUCUACUUUGUUAACAGGAAUUUUUAUGUAGAUGAUGGCCUGCAAAGUGUUGAAUCAGUGUCUAAAGCUAUUAAACUUAUUCAAGGUGUUCGUGAUCUUUGUGCAGAAGGGAAUCUUCGUCUGCACAAAUUUGUUUCCAAUAGCAGGGAUACUAUGGAAUUGAUACCUAUCUCAGAGCAAGCACAAGGCAUCAAGGACUUAGAUCUUUGUUCCAGUGACCUACCAGUAGAAAGAGCCCUCGGUGUUGAAUGGUGUGGAGAAUCAGAUUCCUUUCAGUUCAGACCAGCCAUUAGAAACCAUUCCCCUACACGUUGUGGUAUCCUGUCAACUGUGGCUUCCACUCGGAUUUCUUGCACCAUUUGUCUUGUGUGGUAA